AUGGCUGUUGGUGCAUUUGAAAUUCAGCAGCCGUUGUGUCCUGUUCUUGUACCUUCUGAAUUUGGAUACAAAACUAUUUCCGCAAUACAGACAAUUAAGUGUGUUGUUGACGGUGAUGGUGCUGUUGGUAAAACAUGUCUCCUGAUAUCCUAUACAACAAACAAAUUUCCAUCGGAAUAUGUACCAACUGUUUUCGACAACUAUGCAGUUACAGUUAUGAUUGGUGGAGAGCCAUAUACUCUUGGAUUUUUUGAUACUGCAGGACAAGAGGAUUAUGACAGAUUACGACCGCUGAGUUACCCACAAACAGACGUUUUUCUAGUAUGUUUUUCAGUGGUUUCUCCAUCCUCAUUUGAAAAUGUGAAAGAAAAGUGGAUGCCUGAGAUAACUCACCACUGUCCAAAGACUCCUUUCUUGCUUGUUGGGACCCAAAUUGAUCUCAGAGAUGAUCCCUCUACUAUUGAGAAACUUGCCAAGAACAAACAGAAGCCUAUUACUCCAGAGACUGCUGAAAAGCUGGCCUGGGAUCUGAAGGCUGUCAAGUAUGUGGAAUGCUCUGCCCUCACACAGAAAGGCCUAAAGAAUGUGUUUGAUGAAGCAAUAUUGGCUGCCCUGGAGCCUCCAGAACCGAAGAAGAGCCGCAGGUGUGUGCUGCUAUGAACGUCUCUCCAGAGCCCUUUCUGCACAGCUGGUGUUGUCAUCAUACUAAAAGCAAUGUUUAAAUCAAACUAAAGAUUAAAAAUUAAA